AUGUCAGUUGAUUCUGAUAUUGAAGUUAAUGAUACAAAUUAUAUCAAUAAUGAUUUUAUUCGACUUGAUCUCGAACAUGACAAUAAUUCUAGUGAAGAUGAAAUUGAAAGUUCAACUGCUACGGCAAAUAAUAUUAUAAUACCAAUCACCGACGUUCAAUCAUUUUCUACCAAUGGAAAUAACAUCAAUCCUUCUAUUCAAGUUUCAUCUUCUUCAAAUAAAGAUGCUACAACCAUUGCAGUGCAUCAAAAACGACGACAAUAG